AAGGGGUGGACAUUAGUCUUGAAAGGGUCAUACUAACUCGAACAAUGAUUGACUUCUCAAGCAACAGAUUCAAAGGACAAAUUCCCGAGAUUAUCGGAUCCCUUCAUUCUCUUCAAACACUCAAUCUCUCUCAUAACAACUUCAGUGGCCUAAUUCCUAAGGCAUUAGGGAAUUUGAGUAUGCUUGAAUCUCUGGACCUCUCGUGGAACCGACUUGAAGGAACCAUUCCUAUGGAGCUAGUGAAUCUGGGUUUUCUUGAUUUCUUAAACCUUUCGGAAAAUCGUCUAGUUGGACCCAUUCCACGAGGAAGGCAGUUUGAUACAUUUGGAGAUGAUUCAUACAGAGGGAAUUUGGACUUGUGUGGUUUUCGGCUGGCCAAAGAUUGUGGAGAUACAGAGGCACCACCACCAGCCACGCCAUGGGAAGCUGAACAACAAUAUGAUGAUUCUGAAUUCUUUGAUGGGUUCACUUGGAAAGCUGUUCUGCUGGGAUAUGGCUGUGGAUUAGUGCUCGGAUUAGUUAUGGGAGGUCUCAUUUUCUUGACAGGAAAACCAAGAUGGUUUGUACUGAUUGUCGAAGAGUCGUUCAAACCGCGAAGGCGACCGAGGAAAUGGAUCCACAUACGCACUUAAGAAGGGCAAUGCAAUAAUUUACAUAACUGGUCUAUCAAUGAAGUGGAAAUAAGGAAAAGAUUUGGUUCAUUUCCAGUCGUACGUGCCCAGGUCUAUUUUAGGCUGGUUCCUAAAAUACAAGUCUCAGAGCCUUGUUUUCAAGUCUCAGGCUGUGUAUUUUAGGCUGGUUCAUUUCUCAUGGUUUUCAAGUCUCAGAGCCUUGUGGUUCCUUGCGGCUUAAUCUGUACGUUUAUAAUUGUAA